AUGCCCGAGGAGGAAGAGGAAGUCUCGGCCGUGGUAAGCCAGCAUGAUGGCUCCAGCGGUGAUGAGGCCAGAGACAAUGCCUCGACCGACUCUGCGGGGGGGUCCAAGAAGCGCAAGCGCGGCAGAUAUCAAAAGACCUCAUGCGAGCUAUGCAAAGCGCGAAAGGUCAAAUGUGAUCGAGCAGAGCCUGCGUGCUCCUGGUGCGCUCGCCACAAUCGUACCUGUGUCUAUCUCGAAAGGCAAAAGCCUGGCAGCCGCAUAGGCUUCAGCCUCGAGCUGGAAGCCAAGGUCAACAGAAUCGAUGCGCUGCUGCAAACUCUUGGUCGCCGCGUAGAGGAGCACAUCGCUGAAGGCCACGCUGCGCCUCCACAGACGCUUUCACCUGCCAUCAGCAACCACGCUCAGUCUCAGAUUGAACUCUAUGCGCAGGACAGAAACAGGAGCAGCCCUGCCAGUGCCGCCCUUCGAAACACGCCGUCAGGAGUGGGAGGUCCGCCAUCUUCGCUUCCUGGCCAAAGCUGGGAUGAUGGCGACCAACGCCAGGGCCGAAUGUCUGGUCAGGGGAUGAAUGUCGACUAUGCCAAUGUAACGCUGCAUCCUCCAAGGAUAGCACCACUUCGACGAGGACCGUCAUCACUGUCUGCCGGUACAGACUUGCCGCCUCAAGAUAUCGUUUACACGCUGGUCGAUCUGUAUUUUAAGCACUGCAACACGUGGUCCCCCAUCCUGGACCGCAAGACAACAUUCACCAUUUUUUUUGGUUCGACAUCGUUGAGCGAGGCCGACCGAGUUCUACUGCAUGCCAUUGUGGCAACGACGUUACGAUUUCUGAAAGAUUCUAGAUUUUCACCCGAGAUGCGCGCCCACUACCACGAAACAUCUCGCCAGAUUGUGCAAAUGUAUGCCAUGGAGCAUGUUAGUGUCGAAGCUCUUCGUGCUCUCGUCAUUGUUUGCCUUGACGAGCUCGGCACUUCCAACGGGCCGCGAGGUUGGAACUUGCUCACGCUGCUUGCUCAAAACGCGCGGCAGCUCAGCCUAUGUGAGGAGAGCAGCGUCUUCCUUUCCGUCGAACACAGCGACGAUUCGCCCAUGACUGGCUCCAUCAGACGCAUUGCCAUCGAUCGGCCACAGUCUUGGAUCGAAGACGAGGGCCGCAGGCGGCUCGCUUGGAUGGUCUACCUCCUCGACCGAUACGCGACAAUUGCUACGACGACCUUUGAUUUCAUGUUGGAUGAUACCAAAAUGAAGAGGGUACUGCCCUGUUCUUACGACCUCUUUUCCCGCGACAUCCCUGUUGAAACACGCUCUUGGGGCUCGAGUCCCGAUCAGCAUGGAGCGGUUGGCCUUGUUGUAAAUAAGCCCGAUAAUCUGGGCAGUUUUUCCUAUCACUGCGAAAUUUUGAGAAUCUUGAGCAAAGUGCAUGACUUUCUCAAGACACCUUUGGAUAUAACAUCUUCCUCCGAAAUGGCGGCUUGGAGGAAUACGUAUCGAUCACUGGAUGCUUCGCUUGAUUCUUGGCUGCGAGGACUGCCAGGCGACUACAGCAAAAUCUCUGCCUUGUGCCACUCGGAUCCUGCAAGCCGAGUCGCCAACUGGUUUAUGCUUCACAGCGCCUACGUCACGGCUGUUGUACGCCUUCACUCUUCGGCAGCAUACCCGACUGUUCGAUCACAUCUAUUUGUACCCUCGCACUAUGCUAUGCAACGCUGCCUGUCAGCUGUGCAGAGCUUGGGUGACAUUGCGCAAGAUGUGUACGAAGCCAGCGGACUGGAUCAUUUAGGUCCUCCAUUUAUAUUCUCCCUUUGGGUCGCAGCGCGCCUGCUUCUUGUCCACGCUGCGACGACCUGCUGCCCGGUUGACCCGCGCAUUGAAUUCUUUAUCGAGAUUCUGGGGCAUGUCGGACAGUACUGGGAGGUGGCUGAUAAUUAUGCAAAGGUCCUCGCUCGUGUUGUUCAGCGCGGCCGACAAGGGGAUGUCAAUUUCAACGCCAUGCGACAGUGA